GCAGUGAGCGCUUGAAGCGAGCGGUUGUCUCACAUUUUUCGCGCUCGUUUGUCACGCUGCUUUGUCAAUUGGCGUGAAUAAAAAAUACAAAUAAUUAACAAAGGAGCCGGCAACAAAGCAAAGGACGCAAUCAAAGUAGAACAAAACCCAAUUGUGAAAUUGCUUAUCUUACAUUUAUAUGUAUUUCAAAAACAAACAAAAGGCAAUCAGUGCGAUAAUCAAAAUAUUCACGCAAAAUCUGAACUCAAAUAAAAUAAAACGAAAUUAAAACAAAUCAAAAGCGCGCAGAAUCCAAAUCAUACGAUAUUUUUUUUUAUAUUAACAACGUUGUCUCGCAAAAUUGCGGGUCGCGACAUCAACGAUGUCUGGUUAUAUAGCAUAGUAGAGCACAACGCAAUACUCUCGGACGUAGUGUCUGUCAGUCAUUCAUUCAGUCAGUGAGUGAGUGUGACAAAGAGGCAAGCACAGAGGAAACAGACAUAAACACAUCACAAACAACAUCAUCCCACAGAGCGUGAGAGAAAGAAGGAGACGCGCUCUGCUCUCCAUGCGCGCCGUAUUUUUCCGCAAAGAUUGCGGACAGCGACAGACAGACAGAAAGUACAUAUCAGCAGCAACCGCAUCUUUGUACGACACCGUGCCAUAUUACUUGGCAUUAUAAUUGCGGGUCAGCAUCAGCCAAAAAAGAAAAGGGCAUUUUCUACAGACGAAAGAUCGAAAACAGCAUUAUGUUAACGAGUCUGUUAAAUUCUGCCCAAUGCCUGGCAGGAAUUUCGCUGCUCGGUGGCAUCGAAGUUGUAUCUGUUGGUCUUGUUAUCUACUACGUGUUCGCCAAGACUAGAGCACCUGCUAUAAUCGCCAGUUUAUUUCCCAAUUUGAAUCUAAGCAUCUAUCGUUCAUCGCUGGGAAAGUUCAAUAGCAUUGGAAGCGAAAUACUUUUCACGCUUCGCGCAUCGAAUGAGCCGAAACCACAAAACUCUGUCGAGCAUGGCGUUGGCACUCAGAAUAUGCUACAGUUGACGCCGCACGGUGGUCUUAAGCCAUUCAAAAGCAUUUACGACUGGGGCUGCCUGUUCCCAUAUGUGGCUCAAGUCUUACGCAGCGAGAAAUUUGCUUUCCGACAGGUCACGAAAAUCGUGCACAACGAUGUUGUCUUGAAGCAUGCCAUUAAACAGGCUGCCGAGCAAACGCUACGAGAUCAACGCUAUGCGAAAAAUGGACAUAGGAUGCUCGCACGCAGCAUUAGCGGUGAUCAGACUGAGGAGGAGGACGCCAAGACGGGCAUAUCAUAUCAGAAGAUACUGCACAAGCAGGAGCAGCGAGCCGUCACCAUACUCAAGGAUAUGGGUUCAACGCUAAACAAUACGCUCCUCGCAAUUACGUCCUGGCUGCUCUAUAAACUGUUGCCUUGCUUCUUAUCUGGAGUCGUCACGCAUAAGAAACAAAUUGAAAUGCUAAAGAAUGCCUCGCAGCGUGCCCCAAACACACCGCUGAUAUUUAUGCCGCUGCAUCGCAGCCAUUUGGAUUAUAUUUUGGUGACAUUCAUACUGACCAACAACGACAUACGCAGUCCACUCGUGGCUGCUGGUAACAAUCUACAGAUACCCGUUUUUGGCUCAUUGUUGCGCGGUUUGGGCGCCUUCUUCAUCAAGCGCAAGAUCGAUCCCGUCGAGGGCAAGAAGGAUGUGCUCUAUCGGGCCGCACUUCAUUUGUAUCUAACGCACGCCCUCAAGCAGGGUCACAACGUUGAGUUCUUUAUCGAGGGCGGACGUACGCGCACCGGCAAACCGUGCAUGCCCAAGGGCGGCAUAUUGUCGGUGAUUGUGAAUGCGUUCAUGGAUGGCAGCAUACCGGACGCAUUGUUGGUGCCCGUCUCGGUUAACUAUGAGCGUCUGGUCGAUGGUAAUUUCGUGCGUGAACAGAAGGGCGAAAAGAAGGUACCCGAAUCAUUUUGGAAGGCCAUUUCGGGCAUUUGGAAAGCGCUCAACUCGAACUACGGAUUGAUACGCAUCGAUUUCAACGAACCCUACUCAAUACGCGAACUCGUCAACUCAUACAACAAAAUUGUCCGCGAGGAUGGCAGCACAAAGAUCUACAAGCCGACGUCCAGAACGCUGCAGCAUACGCAAUCAACGUCAUCGCUCUACGGAACGGAUGUUGUGUGUGAGGAGCAUCGCAAUCUUAUCGACAGCAUCUCGCGCCAGGUUGUUUACGACUGUGCCGCGGCCACUUCUGUGAUGUCAACGAAUGCGUUGGCCUUUCUGCUGCUUAGUCGCUUCCGCAACGGGGCCACGGAGCAGAAGAUUACUGCUGCGUUAGAUGAUCUGCGGAACACGUUGUCCGGCUGCAAGGAUUUGGGUUUUUCUGGCGAAUCGUCGCAUAUCAUAGCCUAUGCCUGCGAUCUCCUGGGAACAGGCUUGGUUACACGCACGCGUGACGAGAAUGGACGCAUCCUUAUACGUCCUGUGCCUACGACGGAGAGCUUCAUUGAACUGGCGUACUACUCGAAUUCGCUGACUCCGCACUUUGCCCUCAGCUCCAUACUGUUGACCACAUUUCAUGGCUUGCUGCCAGCGCCUACCUCGCCAGACACAGAUGGCGAGAGAUCAAUCGGCGUCUCUCAAGCCAAACUAAUUGAGACUGCAUUGGAGAACUGUCUUGUGUAUAAAUACGAAUUUAUAUUAAACAAACCCACGCAAGUAUUGGAGAGCAUGCUACACAAGCAACUGGACGAGCUGCUCAUCAAUGGUUGCAUGCGCAAGAAAGAGGUAAAUGAAUCAGAUGACCAGGUGUUAUCACGUCGCAUGGCACGUAGACUUGCCUAUGAGCUGGACCAGGAUAACGAGGACUACUUGAAUGUGUCGCACAAGGAGGAAGAGGCAGCUGAUCUGUUGUUGCUUGCGGAGGAUACGCUCGAGCAACAGCACAACAUAUGCGAGGUGCUGGCCCCAUUUGCCAGCACAUAUUUGGCUGUGGCGCAGGCGCUGCAGAUUCUGCAUCGCAGCUCAAUGCUGGAAUCGGAGUUCAUUAGCUUCGUUAUCAACGAUCUUUCCAAGAAAGUCAAGCGCGGCAGCUGUGCAUAUGCUGAGAGCAUUUCGACGGACUCCGUGCGCAACUGCAUGAAGUUGCUUGAGAAAUGGUCUGUGAUUGAGGUGUGCAACCAGCGAGGCAUGCGUCUGAUCUCCCUCAACAAUCUGUAUGAGGUGUCCCGCGAAUCGCUAAACACCAUUAUCAAGAAGAUUGAAGCCGUUGUACCCAAUUACAAUGCCGGAUACUUUAGCCAAAAAUUGUUUAAUGAAUUGCCAGCUUAAGCGAAAGAUUUUGUUUCUUAUACAUGCUUAUGUAUAUUUUUUUUUUCUUUCGUUUGGCACACGUUUCAUUAUUUUUCUCUCUGUCACGUUACAAAGUAGUGUAAUCUGCUUAAGUAUAAUGUGCAUACACUUAGAUCUUAACAGUAAGGCAGUAAUAUCUUUAGUUUUCAUUUAGACAUACGACACGACAUACGUACGUUCGACGAGUUAUGCCAAAGAGCUGACUACAAUUUUCACUGUAGUCAGGCUAAGGGACUAUAAACCAAAAACUGAACAAAUAAAUACUAAAAUUCA